GAAAUUCUAUAGCAGCUUCCCAUGUUCAAUCCUUCAAACAUUAUUAGAAGAAGAUAAACGAACAACACUCAAGAAUCCAAGUGCUUCUACUAGCUUCAAAAUUUCAAUCUAGCCAUAUCCCAUUCUAGUGUAACAUUCGUUAAUCAUGGUGCAAGAGAAGAAGCUGGUGGAUGAAGUGUCCGGUUGGCUUAGAAUCUAUGAUGAUGGUUCGGUGGACCGAACAUGGACCGGACCACCUGAGGUCAAAUUCAUGAUUGAACAAGUUGCUCCCCAUGAACAAUUUAUCGAAGGAGUUGCCACUCGUGACGUGACAACCUCCAUGACUACCACCAAUGAUGGUUCCAUCCAUCGCGCCCGAUUAUACCUACCGGAGAUAACAUCUAAGCACAAUAAAAAACUGCCCAUACUCAUUCACUUUCACGGUGGUGGUUUCUGCAUUAGCGAACCAAAUUGGUUCAUGUACUACCAUGUGUACACCCAAUUCGUCCGGUGUACUCAUUCUAUUUGUGUCUCUCCUUUCCUCCGAAGAGCACCAGAGAACCGUCUUCCUGCUGCCAUUGAUGACGGGUUUGCAACACUCAAGUGGCUUCAAUCAGUUGCCAAGGGAGACGUCCGUGACUCGUGGCUUGAGGAAUAUGGCGACUUUGACAAAGUUUUCCUCAUAGGAGAUAGCUCUGGAGGAAACUUAGUCCACGAAGUAGCAGCUAGAGCCGGUUCGGCUGACUUGAGCCCGAUUCGACUCGCAGGAGCAAUUCCAAUCCAUCCUGGGUUUGUCAGGUCAAUCCGAAGCCAGUCUGAAAUUGAAAUGCCACCAUCACCAUUUCUAACACUGGACAUGGUUGACAAAUUGUUGAAUUUGGCACUACCAAUUGGGAGCAACAAGGAUCACCCUUUCACAUGUCCAAUGGGCACGGCCGCACCACCCAUUGACGGCCUAAAACUUCCGCCGUUUCUUUUAUGUGUAGCUGAAAAAGACUUGAUGAGGGAUACAGAAAUGGAGUACUAUGAAGCCAUGAAGAAGGCCAAUAAAGAAGUUGACUUGUUUGUGAGCAAGGGAAUGACACAUUGUUUUUAUCUGAACAAGAUUGCUAUGGAUAUGGACCCAACUGUUAGAUCCCAAAUGAAUGCACUCAUUGGGAGGGUAAAGGAAUUCAUUGAGAAGCAUUAAAUUAAAGUUUGAAAAAAGAUAUGUCUUGUGAAGGGUUGUUUUGUUAUUGUGGACGUUAUACGUGCCAUUGUUGCAAUUGAGAGUGGGUAUGUAAGAAUGAGAUG